CUGAGGUCGAGGUUUUUUUUAUUUUUUUUUUUUUAUUAUUAUUCUUGUUAUUUUAGUAGUUAAUACAAUACAAUACUACUGUUAUGUAAAUUAUUAUUAUCUGUGUCCGAGUGUCUCUCAAUGUGGAAAAAGAUCAAUCGGGACAGCAAUCUAAUCCCGACGGAAUUGUGAAUGCGUUAUUCGAAUUGAUUCAGUGUUUUUCAUUUAUUUGGUGUUGUGUAAUAAAGAAAUAAAUUACUAAAUAAAAGUAAAAAGUGACACGUUCGUCAGUUCAAUAAGUAUGUAUUUUCUUGGAAAUCUGGAAUGGCUGAGAUGUUUUUUUUCUCUUAUAAUUACAGUUUAAAAAUAUUAUCGUAUAAAAAAAACAUACCUAUUCUGUUAAGAGUGUGUACGUAUAGAAUGUUAAGUCAUCCGUUCCGUCGAGCUGAUCGCAAAUCGUUUCCGCCGGGUUACCGUAAAAUGAUUGAGUGACGUGAUGUACCGAUGUACAUCAUGCCUCCGACCGGCGCGUACUAACGGGUGCCGUUCGUCGAAAUGAAGUCGGUCGUUGUUCGGUCGCCGCGACACUCUUAGUGGUUUACGCUCGCGAUUGCGUUCGGGUAGCUGUUAUAAUUCCAUCUCAUGUGCACAGAGUUCAACCCUUUCAAAGAUUACCUAUCUUGAUCAUGCCAUACGUUUCUUGUUCAACUAUUAGACAACACACCUGCUUCACCCGCAUUCAUGUUUUUAGUAAUAUUUUUUAGGUAGUAACUAGUAGGUUAGUUCACCAAUAUGUAACAGACUGUUUUGCCGAGCCGCGUUCAGCUUACUAUUCGUUUGCUACUCUUUGUUAUUCCUUGUAAAAAUUAUGUUUAAACGUAUUUCUGUUAAUUUCCCUACUUAUCUUAUCGUGUGCUUAUGUUCUAUUAGAUUACCUAUAUAUUUUCGUUAUUUUAAACAACUAUAUCAAUUAACUUUUCAUUUUGAGCUAUUCAAAUAAAAAGUUUUAUUAUUUGUACCUAGAAAUAAAACAAAAAAAUGUAUUCAAUAGGUACCCACCUGUUCAUUCAAAACUUUUCAAUUUUCCUUAAUUUUGAUUGAAUUAUCUAAAUAGCUAUUUAUAAUAAAUAGUUUAAAAUUGUAACUAGGUAUUAUACAAGAAAUUUAUUAAAUAUCAUUAAAUACCUUGGUACCUAUAUAACCAACUAAGUAAUAAUCUUUUUCCUAUUAUGUUAAUAUCCACUAUUAUCCUUCCGUUCGGUGUUUUCAUUAAUGAGUCGCAACUCAUCAUCUGGACAUAAUGAAUCCAAUCCAAGUAAUUCUGACAGCUCGACUAAUGGUAUGAAGUACGUCAAAAAUUGAUCAAUUACAUAUAAUUUUUUUUAUUAUUUUAUGGCCAUGUUCUAACAUAAUAAUUAUUAUUAUGUAUUAAUAACAUUUGAUUAUAAUUGUAAAUAUAAUAUAAAUAUUAUAAACACAGAAUUAUGAAUUGUUUUGUAGUAUUGAACAUGUCUAGAAAUGAAAGAAAUAGAGCUGAUAAAAGAACUUCAUCAAGUCGUGCUAGAUCUAAAGGUACUUAUUUUUUAUUAUUAUUAUUAGUCAAUCUAUAAUUAAAAUACUCUAUAAUUGUUUCCAUUUUUACAUGAAAAUAGAUUCUCCAAGAAGAGAGUUAGAAAAUGUAGUUAAGAGAGCUCGAAAAGACAGAGAUCAAAGUCAAUAUUGGAUUAAUAAAGUUUUAGAAGCUGAAGAAAAAGAUCCAAACAGGUAUAUUAAAUUAAAAUUGGAAAAAAACUGAUGAUUGUAUGAAAUAACUGCCAAACUGUUGAGUAUAGUUUUUUUUUCUUUAUAAAAGUUCAGGUAAAUAUUGAUGCUUUUAGAUUCAAAGCAUAGUGAGGGAGCUAUUGGGUUUUCUAUGAUGUUUAUUUUUUUAUUCUAAUAUAUAGAUACAAUUUUUCCUAAUAAACUUGCUCAAAUUUUUACGUUUAGAAACCUUUCUGAAAGCUCAAGUUGUCUGGAUGGUAUUUUAAAAAGAAGUCAUUUUUUGAUUUUAGUUGCUAUUUUUUAAAUAAAAUAACUUAAGUGGGAAAAAAUGUAGGAAAGCAUACAAUUUCACAAUUUUGUUAUUCUAUAAAACAUGGACGUUUUCUACCAGAAAAAAUGAUUUAAUCGCAAAAUCACAAGACACCUUUUUUGUUGUCUUUUUGAUUCACUUUUUAACGGUAUCAUAGCUAAAACUUUAAAGCUUUUAAAGAAUUUUAAUUUUUGGGAGAUUUUUUAAUGUAAUUCAGUUAUAAAUACUUGUAGAGACUUGAAACUUAGUAAUAUCAUUUAUAUUGGACUUACCUAGACUUGAAAAAAUGUCUAAAAUCAUCAGACGGUCUUUUUUUUAAUAAGUGUUUUUAAAUUAAAUUAAAACAAAAAUUGUAAAAAAAAAAAUCAUGACACUUCAAAUUAUGUACUGCCGAACUGUGCUCGGAAUUGUCUUUCAUCAAGCAAUGGUUUAUCAUUGCUUACAGAUAUAAAUGAAAUAACCUUAUGUAGGAUACCUUCCCAAUUUCUCACCUACAACAGUGGCCGCUCCCAUCUCCAGUAUCAUUCUUUUUUUUUUUAUUAAAUUUCCUAGCAUAUUUAUUAGCAUUUUUAUUUCAAUUACUAGUUGUUUAAAUUUGUAGUUGUUUCAAUGUUAUAAUUUCCAAAUAGAAAUUAUAAUAUUACCUUAAAAUUUUUUUUUAAUAUAUUCAGCAAAAUAUUAUCAGCUUAUUAAAAUGUCCCGAUAAAGAAAAAAAACUGCUAUACAAAUAAGUUUUACAUAAAUAUAAUUUCCAAUUAUCAGGUUUUUAUGUCCUAAAAGUUACAAAACAAAAUACGCUAUGAAAAGUAUUUCAAAAUGUAUAAACAUAAUUGAUUUUUAAUACUAAUAAAAUUUAAAAAGAUGGAUUGAAACAUCUAAUAAAAAAUGGUUUAAUAACUUUGUAUAAGUUACGAUUUUAAUAAAAAAAUGGAUAUACUUUGAAUGAUGGAUGAGCUACUGUUGUAGGUGAGAAGUUGAGAAGGUAGAGAGAAAAUUUAAUGUAUAUUAUCUGUACACAAUGAUUAAUUAUUGCUAAUGAAAAACGAUUCUGAACGAAAUUUGAUUAUAUAUAUUUUGAAAGGCCAUAAUAUUUACAAUUGAAAAUUAUACAUACAUUUUCCUGUUUUUUUUUUUCCAUUUAUUAUAAAAACUGGAAAAAUCAAAAAAUGACUUUCCUAAAGUACAAUCCUAGACAAAUUUCUUUUCUGAAAACGUGCUGUAAUCUAUGCAAAAUUUCUGGUAGAAAAGUUUUCAGAAAAAAAAAAUUAACAUUGUUAAACUCCCUUUCUUUUUCUCUAUUAAAUUAUGUUGUAAUAAAUAUAUAAAUGUAUUAAAAUGUGUAAUUAAAAAUAUUUGUCAUAGAUGGAAACAUUCUGGAUUUAAAGAAUUGUAUACUGAUAGAAGAUCUCGGUCUAUCAGCAGGCGUUCAUCGAGUAGCUUUUCUUCUAGUUGCUCACGUUCAUCUGUGCAUAGAUCUUCAUCUCGUAAUAAACGACGUAAACCACUGUCUAAGUCUCCUGAUUUAAGAAGAUCACGUCGAUCCUUAUCACCAAGACGAGUUUCUCCGUUGAGUCGACGACGAUCACCAUAUCGCACAAGGAAAUCUCCUUUACCCUUACAUUCUAGAAGAAGACGUAGAUCUUCUUCAGAGUCACCAACUGCAAAUGGUUCUCGUGUUAGACGAUCAAGAUCAUUAAGUAGAAGACGACGAUCACCCAUACUAGGGCGUAAUCGUAGAAUAGCUUCACCAAUCCCAAAAACUAGAGGACUAAGAAAACAUGGUCGUAAGCGUAUUCGAAACUCAUCGGCAGAGGAGGUAUCUUUUAUUUUAUUUAGGAUUAUCAUCUUUGGUUUUAAAAACCAUUGAGUGCUAUUUUUGUUGUUCCAUCUAUAAAUAUCUCGAGUUAAUGUUUUUUCAUCCUGUAUUCCAAUUUCCAUUAAAUUCUUCGUGACUAUCAAUCCUCCUUUGUUUUAGUCCAGCCAGUGGUAUUUUACUGUUGGAUUUCCAUUUUAGAACCCGUUUCAUUAUUCCAUCAAAUUUCCAUACGUGACCAGCCCAUGUAAUAUCUCUUCAUUUCAAUACUGCUUAUAUCUUUGAAUAACUGCUGCAGUUCUGUAUUUCUCCUUAUUUUAUAUUACUGAGUUUUUCCUUUUUUUAAAAAUUUUCCUUUCAAGAAUUAUUAUUUUUUUGAUUAUUGGUUAUAAUUUGAAUAUUUUUUAGGUACGUUCAUCAAGUGUAAGUACAUGUUCUGACUCACAUUGUUCGGUAUGUGAAGCCAGAAUACCUAUUAGUAGACGUGAACCACCACCAGAGCCUUUAGCCAGGCCCAAAUCUCCAAAAUUAUCAAGACCCAUUAUUCCCAUUCAUGAACGUUCUAGGUAAUUUAUUUAUUUUUAUUUAUUGUACAUUUUUUGUCUUGUUAAUAUUUUAAUUUUAUAUUAUUAGGUCAAGAUCAUUUUCAGUACCGAGGUAUACACCAGUUGUAGAAGUGAGUUCUACUACAGGAUUACCUAAAAUUGAUCCACCUCCUGAACCAACAUCUACCAAAACUAAACGUAUUAAGAAAGUGAAAUCACAUAAGAAGAAAAAGUCUCAUAGAUCAAAAUCUUCUCAAAUAGAAACUGUAUUUAUAAUAUUUUAUUUCAUAAUAAAACAAAUUCUUUAUCAUACAUUAAUAUUUUUAGGCUGUUUUACAUCAACCAACAAUUAAAGUAGAAUCAAUGUCCGAAGAAGAAUCUAGUGUUGCUGGUUCAGAUAUGCCUAUGAGUUCUGGUAGUCAUUUAACAUUAUCUGAAAGGUUUAGUAAAAUGGCCCAAAUGGGUCGUGCCCACGAGUUACCUCAAAGAAGUCUCCGUGUAACAGCCGGUGACGAAUUCAGAGUUGAAAUUGGUUCACCGCCUCGACCAUUUCCUAUGUCUCCACCUUUAGGGUAAAUAUUUAAAAAAAAAAAAAAACAGCUUAUUUUUAUUAUUAUUAUUUUUUUUUUAAUAGGUUGGGUUCAUUACCAGAGGGUACGUCUAUUGAAGACGUUAAAGGUCGUUAUGCAUAUUAUAAAGAUCAAGGGUAUUUAGGUGAUCUAACUUUACCAGAAUAUGUUAAGUGGGAAGAAUGGUGGUAUAAAUAUCAAGAUUGGUUAGAAGCAGAACGCGCAUACGAUGCUCAUUUAGAUAGGUAUAGAGACAGGAGAGGGUUUAGAGGAGACGAGCCUCCUUUAUUCUGACAUAAAAAAAAAUCUACUCGUGGUCAUCAGCAAUAUACUGAAUCCGAAGAUUGUUUGAGUGGAAAAUAAUAAUACUCUUAAGUGAAAAAAAAAAUAAAAAUAGAAACAGGUAAACAAAAGUAUUUAUGUAGAUUCAAUGAAAAUUUUAAAUGAUCUUAAUAACUUACUAUUAAUAAAGCAGCUUCCUUUAUUGUGUGCUAUAAUUCUUCACUGUAAUUAUUAACCUAGCUCAUUAAUUUAAGUAGGUAAUCAAAACUGAAUCAUUAUGACUCAUUAACUUUUAAUGACAAAAAAAAAUGUAAUUAUAUUUAAUGCAGCUUUUGUCUAGUAAUAUUAUAAGUUGAAUAAUUUUAUAUUAUUCAUAAAUGUAAGGGAAAUAACUUGUAUAAGCAAUAUUGUUAUGUAAACAUAAAUGUAAAUUUUUUUUUAAUAUUAGGUAGGUAAAGUAUAACGAAAUAUUUGAGUCACCCUAUUGUAAACUAAAUUAAGUAAACUAUAUUAUAAAUAUAUAAUUUAUAUACUUUAAUUAAAUCAUAUUAUAUUUUUAAUUUUAGUGAAAACUAAUAUUUAAUUAUAAUAUACUGUUGUUGUUAAUAAUGAUGUCUAAUAUAAUAUUUUAAAUUAUUAUCUUAUUUAAUAUUUUUUAUUCCUAGAAAAUGUGUCAAUUAUUUUACUGAGUGAAAUGUGUUACAGAAUAAUUAUAUGGUUAUUUAGCAUUUAUCAUUGAAGAUUUCAAGUGUAAAAUAAUAUGAUUUGUAUUCAAACUAUUUUCAACAAUUUCCCAAUAUUCUUAAUAACUUAAAAAAAUAAUACUUAAAUAGGAAGUAAUAUUAUAUUUCUGAAAUUUGUAAUAUUUGAAAUAUUUCUUGAUUUACAAAAGAUGAUAAUAAUUUAAUAAUUAAUUUCAACAGUGUAAGAUUUGGACAGAAGAACCAGAUAAAUGUAAAAAGAAAAAAUUAUCAAAACAUAAAAUAGUUGACCUUAUAAUCACUUGUAAAUCAUUAAAUUGUUAUUUAUCAAAGAUUUAAUAAAUAGAAAUUUUAUUUUAAAAGUACAAAAGUAGUAUAUUAAAUAGAUAUUAAAUAAUAAUAUGACACUUAAAUGAUACCAAUGACUUUACAAAUCAAUAUCAAGUGUGUUUAAAUUAUCAUACAUUUUAAGUUACUAACUCAUGAUUAAAGGGAAAACCAGUCAGCAAUUAUAUACAAAUAAUAUUUUAAUUUUUACAUAUAAGUAUCAUAGUUCAAGUAGUGAAUUAACCUCUUAAUAAUUUAUUUCAGUUUUAUUAGUUGUUAAACAUACACAUUUAUUUUCCAUUGAAUCAAUUAAUUUUUUUGAUUUUUAGUUUAUAUGGAAUAGUACAUUUUUAUUUCAUCAAAAUAUGAUUGUAUUAUAGUGAAUUUUUGAUUUAUAAUAGAAGUAAACUAUAAUCUCUUAUCAAAUUUAAGGAUAAGAUUUUAUAACUAGAAUUGUUAAAUUAAAACUACUAUAAGUUAGUCUAGUUUUCUUAUAUAGUCUAACAAAGAAAAUUGGAAAAACUAAUGUAGUCCAUCAUAAUAUAUAAUACAAAUUAAUAUUAAAUUGCUAGUCUCAGAAAACUAUUAAAACAACAUGCCGCUAGAUCGGGAAUCAAGUUCAGGUCUCUCAACUGUUGAGCAAUUAAUCUACCAUUGAGUUACCCAACAUUCAUCCUUCAGCCUGUUUCCAAGAUUUAUUGAACUUUACCCAAAAUUAAAAUAAUUACCACGACACUACUCAGAAUUUAUUAUAGUAUUAUGAAACAAUUGAAUAGAAUCUUCUCUAGCAUUAUAAUUUUUUAAUGAUGUAAAUAUGUAUUGAUUAAAUGCGUUAUUUCCACAAAUGAGCCAAAGUGUUUUAGAGUUUUGUUGUUUAUCGACUAUAUCCUUGAUAAUAUCUUGUGAAAUUCUACCUUCAACUAUAUUUUCAUUGAACCAAAAUGACUUUGUACAUUCUGACCAGUUAUGUUCUCUGGAUAAAUAUAUAAAAACAGCGCAAUUCCAAUAAGCUGCGUGUUCUGCUAAUGUCUUGCGCAUUAGUAUGCUAUCUAAAGUCUUGCAUGAGUAAUGCAAUCGUAGUAAUAUAUCACAUUUAUUGUUUUCCAAAAUCGAUCUAAUAAGACCCAGGAAAGCAGCUAUACCAGUUCCACCACAGAACAUAACUAUUGAGUCGUACCCUUUGUAGUCAAUACCACCUGAUGGCCCACGAACAAAUAUAAUGUCGUUUGUUUUCUUUUUUAACAAUAUUUUAGUGAAUUGUCCAUUUGGAUACACUUUGAUUAUUGCGUCAAAUGCACAUUUAUCACUUAAUGAUAUUGGUGUAUAGUCUACACUGAUAUUGGUCUAACCAUCCCAUCCACUCGGAUAUAUACAUGUUGUGUAAAAAUUAUUGGUAAUCGACCUUCAGUAGGCGGACUUACUCCAAACGUAUACUUGUAUACAUCGUCAGUGAGCUGUUGGAUGGAAACGAUCUUGUAAGCUUUAUACUUGGUAACCGAAAGUAAAUCUCGACGAAGUUGAUCUCCCACACUAUUCUGACGGCGUUGCCAGCGUGCAUAUUCUUCGUCAUAUAAAUCCAAUACACAGGGCACACAUCCUGUACCGCAGCAGUCUGAUUCGGACGGACGUUCCGGCGGAGGGUCGUACAUGGACGAUUUUUACUUGGUACCAGUUUACUGAUUUACUUUAACUUCUACUGCUGGCUGUAGGUAAUGUUAUCGCUGAUAUCUAUUAUCCAACUGUGACCAAGACAGUCUUUAGAAGCCUAUAAAACGGGAUAAUUAACACAGACUUUUAUACUAAUUAACUGCGUACAGACGUCUGUGAUAUGUAAACGUGAAGUAUUGGUCAACAUUCAAGCAUAAUUAGAUAACUUAUGAAAAAAGGACGUGUAUUGUGGAAGUAAUCUAUUU